AUGUCCAGAAUCAUCCUUGUAACUGGUUCUAAUACUGGCAUCGGAUUCGAGCUCGUUCGACUCCUGGCAGAGAAAAAACAUGUCGUCUACCUCGCUGCCAGAAACGAAGCGGCAGGAAAGGAAGCCCAACAAAAGCUCGUCUCGGACAGCCUUUCCACCGUCAAGUUCGUCCAUCUAGACGUAAACGAUGCAGCUUCCGUUAAAGCGGCUGCCCAGACCGUCUCUUCAGCCGAGGGACACCUUGAUGUCCUCGUCAACAAUGCAGCAAUCAGUAAGAUUGAGGCCGGCCAGCACCCAGCGUCUGUGGGUCUCGCCACCAUCCGUGAAGCAAUGGAGACCAACUUCUAUGGGCUGAUCCAAACUACCAUCGCCUUCAUCCCCCUCCUACGAAAAUCAAACAAUCCCGUCAUUUUGAACGUUUCGACAGAGCUAGCAUCCAACUCUUAUCAGGCGCGCGAGGGUGCUCAUGCCCAUUUUGUUGCUUACAAUUCGAGUAAGGCAGCGGCCAACUCGUAUACCAUUUCCCUUGCCCAGGAGCUGAAGAAGGACGGCUUCAAAGUCAACGCGGUCACUCCUGGGUACACCUCUACCAAGCUCAACAACUUCGGGCAGGGAGCGAAGACGGCCAGAGCGGGUGCCGAUUCUCUGCUGCCGUGGGCGCUGUUGGAGAAGGAUGGCCCGACCUGCAAAUUCAUCGAUGAUAAAGGAAAGGAGUUCCCUUGGUGA